AUCAAGCAGAAUUCGUGAGCAUAAACUCACGGAAUUCAAAAAAAAAAAAAACGACUUUUCAUAUUUUUUCUGUAUAUUGGCGUGCAUAUGAUAUAGAAAUUUAAGUGUGCUGGAAAAAUCUUGUCAAAUAACCAGGAAGGGAAAUGGAAAUGCAAGGGUGGUGGUAGUGGGCAGAGAGAGGUUGUGAAAUCAGUUUAAGACCACUCAAAAUAUUCCCAAAAAAAAAAACACAAAAAGAGAGGAUUAAAUGGCUCCAACCCCGUUUUCAUUGCUAUGACCGUUUCCUUCCCUCCCUCCCUCGUCUCUCUCCACCUCGUUACCUCUAAGUUAUUUUACGUCCAAAAAAGACACUUUUUUUUUUGUUGGAGAUAUUUUUUAUUUAGUUUUUGGUUUUUUGUUAUUUGUAAAUGGUAGAAUUUCUCCUGUUUCUGCCAUCUUUUCAUAUUAGUAUUUCUUGAAUUCUCUCCAUUCUGUUUGAGUCCCGUCUUUACGAAUUCCUUCAACAAACCAUGUUUCGUUUCGUCCCAUUCUUCCAUCGACUCAUCUCAAGGCAAUGCGACAGUAACAAUAGACGGCAAGCGAAUAGAGCCUGUUUCCUUUAAUGCCACUUUGACAUUCUGGUUUGUACCCUGCAUUGCCUUUUCAGAUUUUCCCUUUAUAGGGGUGAUGUUGUGUUUCCCCAUCAACCUCUUCAGAGCCCAUCAGGAAUAUUGACGCAUCUGAGAUGAGCUACCUCCCAUUAGAAGCAGCAUUCGAUGAACCCAAAAGGAUGGAAUCAUUUGCCAAGAGUAAGACCAUCUUAACCUCUAAUCCACCACCUUAUGACCGCAAAAAGGCAGAGCAAAUAGCCAAAAUUAGCACCAAUUCUGGUCAUGAUUCGCCUCGUCAACCUGCAUAUACAAACAAAGUUUCCAAGAUUAGUGAGAAUGUCAAGUUUAACCCACAAUUUGAUCCCAAGAAGAUAGACCCAAUAGCCAAGCCUGUCACAAACUCAAGCACCAAUCAGCGCCCGGCACCAAGCUUAAGAACACCUGCAAAUUCUGAAAUCCCUGUGACUUCAACAACCAUGUCAACAGGUGCUGCCGUGUCAUUAUUAGGAAACACGAAGACAGGUGAUACAAAGAUCACAAGUUCCACAACCAAUCAAGGCCAAGGCAAUGGGAAUAGCAGUCACAGUGACAGCUUAGAGAGCUCCAGUGCGCCCCUCAAGCCUCACACUGGUGGUGAUGUACGAUGGGAUGCCAUUAAUUUGAUUAAUUCCAAAGGCAACUCAAUUGGUGUUAAAAAUUUCGACCUUCUUAAGCGGCUUGGGUAUGGAGACAUUGGAAGUGUCUAUCUUGUUGAACUCAGAGGUACUAACACACAUUUUGCUAUGAAAGUCAUGGACAAGGUAUCUCUUGCCAGUAGAAAUAAACUUCUGAGAGCACAGACAGAAAGAGAGAUUCUCGGACUUCUUGACCAUCCAUUCUUGCCCACUCUAUAUACCUACUUCGAGACUGAAAAGUUCUACUGUUUGGUCAUGGAGUUCUGCAGUGGAGGAAAUCUUCAUUCUCUGCGGCAGAAGCAACCAAACAAACAUUUUACUGAGGAAGCUGCAAGGUUUUAUGCCUCCGAGGUGUUGCUGGCGCUUGAGUAUCUACACAUGCUUGGUAUUGUGUAUAGGGACUUGAAACCAGAAAAUGUGCUAGUAAGAGACGAGGGCCAUAUCAUGCUCUCGGACUUCGACUUAUCACUUCGAUGCUCUGUCAGUCCCACACUGGUGAAAUCCUCGUCUGUACAUGUAGGCGCCGGUGGAGGUAGUGGUAAUGGUGGCAUUUUAGAUGAAGAGUAUGCAAUCCAUGGGUGUAUGCAGCCGUCAAAUUUUUUCCCACGAAUUUUGCCUAAAAGGAACCGUAAAUCCAAAUCAGAUUUUGGCCUCUUUGUGGGAGGCUCAAUGCCAGAAUUGAUGGCAGAGCCAACAAAUGUCCGUUCCAUGUCGUUUGUUGGCACACAUGAAUAUCUAGCCCCAGAGAUCAUUAGGGGAGAAGGUCAUGGUAGUGCAGUGGACUGGUGGACCUUUGGCAUCUUCUUAUAUGAGCUGCUGCAUGGAACAACUCCUUUCAAGGGCCAAGGCAAUCGCGCCACGCUCUUUAACGUAGUAGGCCAGGCAUUGAGAUUUCCAGAAAGUCCACAAGUAAGUUUUGUCGCUCGCGAUCUUAUUCGAGGACUUCUAGUCAAAGAACCUCAUAAGCGAAUUGCAUACAAGAGAGGUGCCACAGAAAUAAAGCAGCACCCAUUCUUUGAGGGGGUAAACUGGGCUCUUGUGAGAAGUGCUAUGCCUCCUCACAUACCCGAACCUGUAGACUUCUCACAGUUUCCUAGAAAAGAGUCAUCCCCAGCUGAGAAGAAGAUGCCAGACCUUGGAGGGGCUAAAACUAACAAUACCCCUAAUGAUCCUUCUUAUAUAGAUUUUGAGUACUUCUAGUGAGAAGAAAAAAAAAUUCCUUUGGAGGGAAUCCACUUUGUACAAAAGAAAGGAAAUGAAUCCUGAUAAGAUACAGGCAUAAAUUUGUUGAUUUCUUUUUUUAAUUUCAUUUGUUCUUUGAUAGGCGAGGAGAAAGAAUUGUUUUGUAUUUAUCCUUCUUUCUUAUGGCCUAAUCAAUGAAGAUUUUGUAUCUAAUUUUGUUUUCAGAAACUUUUUGAGUAUUGACCGUGGU